AUGGGAAAUGUUUCUCUGAUUUUUAUGUUAGUGGUGGUAGUGUUAGCGAUCAGAGUUGGUGUUGGCCAAUCCCAGCUUACAUAUGAUUACUACAGAUCUUCGUGUCUAAAUGUGGAAACUAUAGUUAGGCAAGAAAUGCUAGGCAUUUUCUUGGUGGAUGUUACAGCACCAGCUGCUUUUCUUAGGCUCAUGUUCCAUGACUGCCAAGUUCAGGCACCAGUAGACAGUAGUGUUAUUAAGUUAGGUUUAUUGUUCUUGCAUGAGAAUCCUCUCACUUUCUGUAUCAGAAAGCAAGAAGCAAUAGGGUAUAUAAAAUCUGUACUGGAAGCUGAGUGUCCAGGACAGGUAUCUUGUGCAGAUAUUAUCGUAUUAGCAGCUAAGGAAUCAGUAGACUUCUCCGGAGGACCCCGAAUUCAGAUCCCUUUAGGAAGGAAAGACUCUACCACUAGUAACAACAAACAGUCUGAUGAUCUUCUUCCUUCACCAGCAGUAACAGUUGAUGAAUUGCUUCAUAUUUUCAUGUCUAAAGGGAUGGAUUUGGAGGUAUCAGUGGCCAUCUUGGGUUAA